CCAACUCAUUUGAGAUGCUCUAUCCAAUAUGAAAUAAUGCCUAUUUCAUGCUUACGUCUCCCGAAAGUAAUAAGUUGAGUGGAGCCCUCCCCUCAAAGCAAUGCCGCUCUCUUGCUUAUGUAGAUCUCUCUUACAGUAACCUGUCUGGCAACUUUCCUUAUUGGGUCAAGGACAGUAUUCAAAGUAACUUCAUCGCCAACUUCUUCACAGCAGAGAGUACAAAUAGUGGGCAAUGCUCUUUAGUCAGUUUUACUGAUGGUCACCCUCUGGAUGAUUAUUAUGAUGAUUGUCUUAUUCUGCUGUAUUGGCAUACAAGAUGAAUGAGAGAUGGCUUCUUCUCUGAUUUUCAA